UAUGAGACCAAGGCUUGCUGUAAAUAGGAAACUGCGAUCAGUCGGUUUUUAACUAUUGACAGGAGGGAAUUAAGUAAAUCAAAUCUUAACAAUCUCAGCCUUUAAAAAUGUCGCGCUUUAUGUCAGCGUUCCAAAAAAAUCCAAGGACCACCGAAGGACCAAUGCCCAGACCUACAUCCUACACAUCGCCCGAGCCUUCGGAAGCAGAAACAAUAACCCCCGCUUCGGUGUCUGUAAACUGCACGCCAGCCCAAUGCGAGACCGAUUCGCCCCCGCAACAAGCCGAUUCGACGAACGAGUUAUCUUUCAACCCAAGAUUGAAUCACGCAUCCAACAACUUUUACUUGGUGCAACUUCUUUGUGUGGUGGUGUUUUUCUUGUUAUUUUUAACCGUUUUAUUUCUUGCUAUAGCUCUUAUGUAGAGGUUUCAUGACUUAAUUAGUUACUUAUGUAAACUUAUACACUUUUAUUAAUAUAUAAAUAUAAUUAUAUAGAUUUAUAUAAAUA